AGGCUUCGCGUCCGCCACUUCUGCUUUUGGCACGUCGUCGGAAGAAACUCUCAGUAGGGGUCUACCCUGCCACCGAAGGCACAUCUACCACUCCCUGAUCGCAGAGGUUGCAUGUGGCAUAAAUGAUCCCCCCCUCUCAGGUAGGAAGGGGGCGAGGUCUCAAAUGUAGAAUGAGAGAGAUGGGAGGGGGGAACCUUUCCGUGAUCUCUCCGUCGCGGCAACACCUGUAGAGCACAGGCGAUCGCCCCCCCCCCACUCUGCAGAGUGACUCUCAAUCGUUCACACGUCUGUAUCUCUUGCAAGGCACUGCCUUUGCCACGCCCGGGUUGCAGGAUGUUGCCGCCGCCGCGCUGCUUCAGCCGCCGCCGCUGCUGCUCCUGAUCAGCAUUCGGGGGGCGAGGGAAGCGAAGUGCGGCCAGAGCGAUCGGGACGUGCCAGCCGGCUGGCGGUGCAACAUGAGGCGAAGAGUCAGCGCGCAGCAGCCGCCGAACCGAGCUCUGGUGGGAAGCGCCUCGGGUUGCCUUGGGAUUUUGCCACACUGAAGCACUGGGCGGGGAGAAAAACCAAACCGGAGAGAGCCCCUCCUCGCCGCCACCGGGUCAGUUCCUUAACGGUGCGGGACCACCUCGGGGAAAAAGGCUGCCUCCUUCAUGCCUCGCUUGCGGCUCCCUCCAGAAAGCGUGCAACAAAUGGCAGCCAGAGCUGUUAUCCGGGCUGCGGUAGCGGCGGCGGCGGCGGCGACUCCUAGGUGAGACGCAAAGGCUCCGAUCUGCAAGCUGCAGCGCUCUAUGCAUGCAUGCAUGCCUGCGCCUCGCCUUCCUCGCCUCCUCCUGAGUCACCCCGCUGCAACUGACCUCUUGCCCACAGGAUAUGAGAUGGCACCAUGUGAUUCAUUCAGCAAAAUAUCUUUCUACCUCGAGAGAAAAAGGGAACAUCCAGUGAGGAGACUCACGCUGCUGUCUUUGAUGUUCUUUUAAAAAAGAAAAUUGACCAUGAAGAAAUCUAUGUGUUAACACAUCUCCAGUAACAUCAACGAAGUGAAUGAAGUUGUGGUUUUGUGCCUGACAUCCUUUGCCACCACUGUUGGGUAAAUGAGAAGUGGUUGUGUGAUUAUGCUGACAUCCCAGCAUGCAUUUGGUAGACCUGUGGUUAACUCGCUCCCUCUCCAUGUGUCUGCUCUUACAAAGCUUUGUCCUCAUGAUACUGUGCUUUCAUUCUGCCAGUAUGUGCCCCAAAGGAUGCCUUUGUUCCCAUUCUGGAGGCUUAAAUGUCAGUUGCAGCAAUGCAAACCUCAAGGAAAUACCCCGAGAUCUUCCUCCUGAAACUGUCUUGCUUUACUUAGACUCCAAUCAGAUUACAUCCAUCCCCAAUGAGAUUUUCAAGGACUUGCACCAAUUAAAAGUCCUCAACUUAUCCAAAAACAUUAUUGAGUUCAUUGAUGAACACUCCUUCAAAGGGGUGGCAGAAACUUUACAGAUGCUGGACUUGUCUGACAAUCGGAUUAAAAGUGUGCACAAAAAUGCUUUUAACAAUCUAAAGGCCAGGGCUCGGAUUGCAAACAAUCCUUGGCACUGUGACUGCACCCUGCAGCAGGUCUUGAGAAGCAUGGCAUCCAACCAUGAAACACCCAACAGUAUCAUCUGUAAGACUGCAGAGUUUGAUGAACAUGCUGGGAGGCCGUUCCUCAAUGCUGCUGAUCCUGACCUCUGUAACAUACCUAAAAGGACUACCGACUAUGCCAUGCUGGUCACCAUGUUUGGCUGGUUCACCAUGGUGAUCUCCUAUGUAGUUUACUAUGUGCGGCAAAAUCAAGAGGAUGCACGCCGGCACCUUGAGUACUUGAAAUCCCUGCCAAGCAGGCAAAAGAAACCAGAGGAAGCAGAUGAUAUCAGCACUGUCGUAUAGUGCCCUGAAUACAGUUACAGACUUAACAGAAAUUAGAUGUGGCUAUCACAGAUGCCAGAUGUUUACUUCUAACAUUCGUUGUAGACAUGAGAUUUUUUCCAAUUAAACUGAAUUCUACCACUGUCAAACUUUCUAACAAAGAUUUCUGUUUCAGGGUGAUAACACCUUUAUUGUUUCUCUGGUGGUAUUCUAAAAUCAAGUAAACUAAUAUGUAAACAUUAGUUUAGACCCAUUCCAAUCUUUAAUAAUGAAAUUUAUUUUUUUAAUUUAAGACUGAA